AUAAAAAGAAAAGACUCUGCGAGGCGCGAGUGAGUCAGAACCCCUGCCGCCGACGCGGACCCCACAGAGCAGCCAGCCCAGGGCAUGUACCGAGACUUCGGGGAACCCGGACCGAGCUCCGGGGCCGGCAGCGCGUACGGCGGUCCCGCGCAGCCCCCCGCCGCGGCGCAGGCAGCAGCUCAGCAGAAGUUCCACCUCGUGCCAAGCAUCAAUGCUCUGAGUGGCAGCCAGGAAUUGCAGUGGAUGGUACAGCCUCAUUUCCUGGGGCCCAGCAGCUACCCCAGGCCUCUGACCUACCCUCAAUACAGCCCCCCACAACCCCGGCCAGGAGUCAUUCGGACCCUUGGGCCACCUGCAGGGGUGCGUCGCAGGCCCUGUGAACAGAUCAGCCCCGAGGAGGAAGAGCGGCGGCGAGUGAGGCGUGAGCGGAACAAGCUGGCCGCGGCCAAGUGCAGGAAUCGCAGGAAGGAACUGACUGACUUCCUGCAGGCGGAGACUGACAAACUGGAGGAUGAGAAAUCUGGACUGCAGAGAGAGAUUGAAGAGCUACAGAAGCAGAAGGAGCGUCUGGAGCUGGUGCUGGAAGCUCACCGCCCCAUCUGCAAAAUCCCAGAGGGAGACAAGGAGAGGGACACAGGCUGUACCAGCAGUACAGGGGGCACCAGCAGCUCACCAGCCCCCUGCCGCCCUGUACCUUGCAUCUCCCUUUCCCCAGGGCCUGUACUUGAACCUGAGGCCUUGCACACCCCCACACUCAUGACUACACCCUCUCUGACCCCUUUUACCCCCAGUCUGGUCUUCACCUAUCCCAGCACCCCUGAGCCCUGUGCCUCAGCUCAUCGAAAGAGUAGCAGCAGCAGUGGAGACCCAUCUUCUGACCCYCUGGGUUCUCCCACCCUCCUCGCUUUGUGAAGCACCCAGCACCAUCCCCUGCAGGUGCUAUCCUAGUCAACAUCUCCUUUUCCCCCCAUUAGUCCAGCUGGCCUGGACCAUAUCCCAUGCCCAAUACCAGCAGGUUCUUCUCCAUCCUUCCAGAUGAGACUGAGCAUAUUUUGCUUUGCAGUAGAGCCAGCCUGGGGCCACCAAAGCUGCCCACUGUUUCUCUAGAGCUGGCCUCUCCAUCACAAGUUGCACUAAAUCAGAAACAAAAUAUUUCCCAUUUAUGACAGAGARAUUCUGGCAGCUCCUAACCCCUUCUAGACCACACCUACUAUACUCCAUUAUCCUGUAACCCAGCCAACCCUACCCCCUAA